AUGGGCAACCCCGUCGAUGUAAAGGCCGAGGGCGGCCAAGAGGUCGAGCAUGCCUACGAUGUUGAAGACAAGACAUACGCUGCCGAGGACAAGGCGGCGAAUGCCCAGAAGCAGGAUGCUAUCGAGGCAGAGAAUGCGGAGCACAACAUGGGUGUGCUCGAGGCCGUUCGAGCUUACCCCAUGGCUUCGCUCUGGGCCUUUAUCAUGUCCUGCACCAUUAUCAUGGAGUCUUACUGUGUCUUCCUGAUCGGCAGUUUCAUCGCCCUCCCUCGAUUCGCCAAAGAUUACGGCAUCUACAAUAAAGGCGAAUGGGUCAUCGAGACCAAGUGGCAGUCUGCGCUCCAGGCUAUCGGUCCCAUUGGUGCGUUGAUCGGCGUCUUCCUCGCUGGUCCCCUCACCAGCAAAAUCGGAUACCGCUGGGCGACCAUCGCCGGCCUCAUGGCCCUGAACGCCUUCAUCUUUGUCUUCUACUUCGCCAACUCGCUCCCUGUGAUGCUGGUGUCUCAGAUCCUCGAGGGCAUUCCGUGGGGAAUCUUCAUCGCCAACUCCCCCGCAUACUGUUCCGAGAUUGUGCCCAUGAAGCUGCGAGCUCCUGCCACUCAGAUGCUUCAGAUGUUCUGGGCCAUCGGAGCCAUCAUCGUCGGUGGCGUCACCUACGGUUACAACACCCUGGACCACCCCAACGCUUAUCGCAUCCCCAUUGCCCUUCAAUGGAUGUUCCCCACCCCUCUUGCCAUCCUGAUCUUCUUGGCGCCCGAGUCGCCUUGGUGGUUGGUUCGAAAGGGAAAGAUGGAGGAGGCAGCACGCGCUGUGGAGCGCCUCGGACGCAAGUCGUUGAUUAACAAGUCGAGCGAGACCGUCGCCAUGAUGAAGCGUACCAUCGACCUCGAGAAGACUGAGAAGGAGCCCAGCUUGAUCGAGCUGUGGAAGGGCACUGACUGCUACCGUACCCUCAUCGUGUGCGGUGUCUACGCCGCCCAGAACCUUACUGGUAACCUGAUUGCCAACCAGGCCGUCUACUUCUUUCAGCAGGCUGGCAUGAAGACUGAUACUGCCUUCGCCAUGGGUCUGAUCACCUCUGCCCUCCAGACCGUCAUGGUCAUGCUUUCUUGGAUCCUCACAACCUACCUUGGCCGACGUACCAUCUACCUCUGGGGUUCGGCCAUGAACAUGGUCGUCCUCGUCGCUAUCGGUGUCGCAGCCUCUUUCGGACAGUCAACCUCGGCCUCCCUCGCGCAGGCGUCCCUGGGUCUCAUCGUCUCUGUCCUUUUCACUCUCGGCCCUGCUCCCGCUUCGUGGGUCAUUAUCGGAGAGACAUCUGCCAUUCGUCUCAGGCCUCUUACCACUGGUGUCGGACGAGGAUGCUACUACCUCGUCAACAUUCCUUGCAUCUUCCUGUCUAGUUACAUGCUCAACCCCACAGGCGGAAACCUCGGUGGCAAGUGUGGUUAUGUCUGGGCUGGUACUGCCUUCGUCUGCUUGGUCAUGUCUUACAUCUGGGUGCCUGAGAUGAAGGGUCGAUCCUACCGUGAGAUCGACAUUCUGUUCCGACGUCGUGUCCCUGCUCGCAAGUGGACCAAGACGGUCGUCGACAUUCACGAUGACGAGUAG